CAUCAGCGCCUCGCUCAUUUCAAGACUGACUCUUAACCAGACAUGACGACUUCACUGAGACUUUUUCUUAUCGCACUCGCAUGCACCGGCUCGACUCGUUGUGCCAAGAUUCUCGGAGUCAUGCCGGACGGUGGCAAAUCCCAUCACUUUAUCGGAUCUGCGUACACCAAAGCGUUGGCCGAAGCCGGCCACGAGGUGACGGUUAUUGCGGCAUUCCGGGAGAAGCACCCCCCACCAAACUACCGGGAGAUUGUGAUGGAGGAGUUGUACGAUACGAUGCUGUCAUUCAUGGAGAACCCGUUCGAGUACUCGGAUGUUUCCCCACUCAUGAACAUGUACUCGUUGUACGCAGAAUUUGGCAAGUUCACCAGCAGCUACACGCUGAACCACCCAAAGGUCCAGCAGCUGCUCCGAUCCGACGAAUCCUUCGACCUGGUUAUCGUCGAAACCUUCCUGACGGAGGCACUCUAUGGGUUGGCGCAGCACUUCAACGCAUCGCUCGUGACCUACUCCCCGCUCGGCAGUACUCUGUGGACUACGGAGCUGACACGCACGCCGGUGCCCACAUCCCAUGUGGCGCACUUCACGCUGAACUACGGCGACAAAAUGAGCUACGGCGAGCGCUUCUGGAAUACCGUCGUCAACUGGGCGGACCGGUUGAUGUACCGUACGCUGCACAUGCCGGCUCAGAAGCAACUGUACGAGCGAGCGUUCCCAAAUGCACGGGUGACGUUUGAAGAACAAAUGAAGAAUGUUUCGCUGGUGCUACUAAACAGCCAUUUUAGCUUGAGUUCACCGCGACCGUAUCCUCCAAACGUGAUUGAAACUGGAGGAGUGCAGAUUGAUAAGGUUAACCCGUUGCCGGAGAACCUUCAAGCCUUCUUAGACGGUGCCACCGAUGGCGCAAUCUACUUCAGCAUGGGCUCGUUCAUCAACUCGAAGGACUUUCCCGUCGAGAAGCGUGACACCUUCAUCAAGGCAUUCGCACGUAUCGACCAGCGAGUCGUUUGGAAGUUCGAGGACGAAUCCAUCCUUGAUCUGCCGAAUAACGUGCUGAUCCAAUCGUGGUUACCCCAGAAUGACAUCCUUGCGCAUCCGAACGUCAAAGUGUUCAUCACCCACGGGGGUCUGCUGAGUGGAACGGAAGCGCUGUACCAUGGCAAGCCCAUCGUUGGAAUCCCCGUUUUUGGGGAUCAAACCAUGAACGUGCAGAGAGCCGUCAAAGCAGGAUUCGGCGUAGAGUUACAGUACAAAGAUAUUACGGAAUCCAACAUCGAAAAUGCUCUGGAUAAAGUGUUGAGAGAUCCCAAGUACGCGGAAACAACUCGGAGCAUUUCGCGGAGAUACCACGACAAACCAAUGAGCGCCAAGGAGACUGCCCUGUACUGGUUGGAGUACGUGAUUCGGUAUCAAGGGGCUCCCCAGCUACGAUCUCCAGCAAUGGCGUUGACACUGAUUGAGUAUUGCUCGAUAGACGUGUACUCGCUGGUUGUAACUAUAAGUAUUUUGAUUACGAUUUCAUUAUACCUAGCUAUCAAAAUAGAUUAUCAUAAAUGUAUUCCAUCAAAAGUUAAAAGAAAUAAAAAGAUUGAUUAAUCUCAGAAACACAACACACCGAC